AUGAAUUUUCGCAACUUUUUGGUUUGUGUGUUGGCUAAGCAGAAAUUAGGAAGAGCGGUUGUGAUUUCUAUUGGUUCUUUAUUUGGCGAAUUCUCUUCGAACGGAAUGUCGGGUUUCUCGCUCGGUCAAAAGUUAGAAAGCGAAUUUGAGUACAAUAAUUGUGUUAAAGAUGCGGAUAUCUACAUACGAAUGGGUAAGAGUACUUUGGUUCUAAAGCGCAAAAGAAUUCCUCCGGAAACUGUAUUCUAUCCUUUCUGCUCAGUUGAUCCUAACCUGCAUUACGGGAGCUAUCCUACUUUUUUUCAAGGAACAUUUAUCACUUUUCUUGGCAGAAAAGUAAGAUACUUUGUCAUUUUGACGCAGUACAGUCCUUUUGCUCUUUUUUCGCUCAUGGUCCUCUCCUUUGCGCUAUUGAUAUCAAUGUUUUACAAACGAUACGAGAGUCCAAUAAAUUUUAUUUUGCUAUUUAGUUUCGUAUUUGUUCAUUUUGACUUGGCAAUUAUUUUGCAAGCAUUCCUGAUUACUGCGUUUCUCACCGUUGGUCUAACUCUCUAUACUCUACAAACAAAGCGUGACUUCUCCCCUUGGUCGGCCUGUCUUGGCGCUCUACUAAUGGCUCUCCUUGUUGGUGGAAUCUCGAAUAUGUUCUUUGCUUCCUCCACAAUUCACCUUGGUUUAUCGAUCUGCGGUGCCUUUCUUUUCGCGUGCUUGUUGAUCUUUGACACGCAAAUGAUAAUGCGGCGCUUUUCUGCGGAGGAAUACAUUGCUGCAUCCAUUACCCUCUACUUGGAUAUUCUCAACCUUUUCAUCUAUGUUUUGCGUGUUCUACAGGCGGCCAAGAACGACUAG